AAGGUUUUCUUUUCAAAUUGGUCUGCUCGUUUAUUGAAAGACUGGUGCAUAUUUUGAGAAAACAGGAAGUGCUAUAUAAAACAUUUGUUGGGAAAAAAAUGCUGCAUUUGUGUCAUAAGCAGGUCAGUUUUGUCAAAGAGGAUGUACAACUCACAUGCAGAAAGAUCUAGCAACAUGUACUAUUGUUUUAAUGAUUAGAUGAUAGCUCAGUUAGUUUAUGUUUCCAUAAACAUCACUCUUUGGUUUUACAUGAGCUUUUUAUUGCAAGUAAAAACCUUGAGGUGCAAAUGCAGUAUCAGGGAACAUAUAGGAAUAAAAAUGUCUCUUAUAGCCUCUUCCAAUAAGUAUUAAUAGAUUUGUCUGAGCAGAAAUGUGUAAUCAAAUGGCUUUAUUGUAUGCUGACUUAAAAAAAGGGUUGCUGGUUCUACCGUUACAGAAGCAAGCCAUGAGUCAUCACCCUUGUGGCCUUGACUAAGCUGCCCUGACCACUUGAUUAUUAUUGACGCUGUGUCAUAAAACUUCCUCAGUUCAAAAGCUUAAAUGUGAAGUGUUAAUUUUUGCAGCACUAACAUUGCAACAACAGAAUUGCAACAACAACAGCAGUGACCAAAUCUGUACCCUAUAUGCUAAUUCACUAUCUUUUAUAUAGUGUAUGACAUAUUCACUGCAUGAGAAAACAGUGAAUAAAAAUGAGUGAGAAAAUUCAAACACUGCAAAGAUUGUGAGUUAUUUAUUUAUUUAUUGCUAUUCAAUUAUUUGAGAACCCAACCGUGCAUCACUGAGCGUUCAGCCUAAUGAUUGAACUUGUUAGAUAUUACAUUUCAUUAAUAUGGUUGAAUCUGAGUUCACCUAAAGUCUCUCCAGCCAAAGUAACACCUCUGAAGACAACGGUCCAGAGAGUGCACACAGCCCUCAAUGGACUUUAAACAACAAAAUGAAAAAUGUACUGUACUUUUACACAAUCGCUUAUAUCACAUUUCUCUGUCAUUAAAAAUAAAGACGUGACUUUUAUGGGACAACUCUCUGGUUUAUGGGGCAUUUUUACAACCAUACAUUAUACAUUAACUUAUAUUCAGCCUCAUUAUGAUGAAAAUGUAAUCCCUAACACUAGUCCUUUAACCUUAGAGUAUCUCUACACAUAAGCAGAGAGAGAAGAAGAUAAACAUCUGUGGACAUAAGCAAUAAGCUGAAGACAAGGUGAACUGAGAUAGGUAGAGUUAUUUAAGGAGAAAUUUAUAAUUAAAGGAUACAGAGUGGGUAAACAGUGUGGUGAAGAUGGAUUGGGUCAAGACUGUGUGUUUAGUGCUCUGGGCUUUCACAUUCAACUCAGUAGCAGAUGUUGUAAAAGAGCAAGCCCUGAAACUGAUGGCUGACACUCCACUUAUAGAUGGGCACAAUGACCUUCCCUGGCAGAUGAGAAAAUUGUUUAAUAAUCAGCUCAACACGGUGGACUUGUACAAACUAGACACCACACACACCAACAUCCCAAAAAUCAAAGAAGGGCACCUCUCAGCACAGUUCUGGGCAGCUUAUGUACCAUGUGAUAGCCAGUACAAAGACGCAGUCAGACAGACCUUGGAGCAGAUCGAUGUAAUCCACAGGAUGUGUCAUGAAUACCCAGAAGUGUUCAAAUUUGCUGCUAGCAGUCAAGAUAUACUCGACGCCUUUGCACAGAAUAAGACAGCGAGUCUGAUUGGGGUAGAAGGUGGACAUUCGAUUGACAGCAGUUUGGGUACUCUGCGUACUAUGUACCAACUGGGCGUCCGCUAUCUCACUAUCACACAUAGCUGCAACACACCAUGGGCAGACAACUGGCUGGUGGACACAGGAUCUGAGCCUGAAGAGCAUGGCGGUUUGUCUGAGUUUGGCAAGCAAGUGAUCUGGGAAAUGAACCGCAUUGGAAUGCUGAUUGACCUGUCUCAUGUGUCUGAGAAGGUCAUGAAUCAGGUGCUGGAUAUCUCUAAAGCUCCUAUUAUCUUCAGCCACUCUUCUGCCUACAGCAUCUGUAAUAACAAGAGAAAUGUUCCUGAUGAUGUUCUCAUGAGAGUGAAAGAAAAGAGAGGGAUUGUCAUGGUUAAUUUUUAUAAUAACUAUGUAACCUGCAAAAACACUGCUAACAUCUCAGAUGUUGCUGAUCACUUUGACCAUAUCAAGAAAGUGGCUGGCUCUAGUUUCAUUGGAUUUGGAGGAGAUUAUGAUGGUGUGCCAAGGGUGCCAGAUGGUCUAGAGGAUGUAUCAAAGUACCCAGACCUGGUGGCUGAGCUUCUUAGGCGCAAAUGGUCAGAUGAUGAGAUCAGAGAUGCUCUGGGACGAAACCUGCUGAGAGUGUUCAGAGAGGUGGAGCUUGUAAGAGAUCACCUAAAUGGUACCAAACCAGAUGAUAAACCCAUCCCUCUUCAAGAAGUUCAAAAUCCCUGCAGGACAGACUUUGGUUAUCAAGAUAAAUCCAGUUCAGCAUGCAUAAAAUCUUUCUAUCCACUAGUCUUGGUUCUGACACUACUGAACAAGUUAUUAUAACCAACCCCUCAGUGGACUUUCUUUGUCUAAUCCUGUAGUGCUGUUUUUGGAGUAUGCAAAGUAUCUUUGAUAAAGAUUUGGCUAGUAGAGAAAUUCUGUAAGGAAACAUUUUAGAGAGUUUAGUGUUUUUAAGAAAGGUAGACUAAAAACAAAAAGAAAUUAGACAUGUAAUUAUUUGAAAUUUGCCACUUUUCUGUUCAGUGCCAUACAAGUCAAACGUGUGAACAGCUAUUCUUUAUUAUUACUGUUUUCCAUAUUUUACAAAAAUAACAAAGUCAUCAAAGCUAUGAAAUAACACAAAGGGAAGUAUGGGCAUCAUGCAAUGACUGAAAAAGCAAACUGAAAAUAUAAUUAUUUGUGCCCUGUUUCUAUAUUUGUCCUUUUAGAUUUGAUAGUUUUCUGUUGAUUCAUUAGAGAUGAAACCAGCAAAUUAUAGGCAACUUUAUUUAAAUGAUGAUACUGAAAUGAUACUGAAAAGUAAAAAGUAACCCAUAUUAGGCUAAUAUUCCUGAGACAGAACAAUGAAUUCCAUAAAGCUAACUAGGUUAAAUUUAGGUCUGUUCACAUGGACUGUGGCAUUGUGGCACAUGGAUGUAUAUGAUGACAGUAGUUGUGUUGACAACAUCCGGAGUGUGUCAGCCUUGUGCUGACUGUAAAAAAAAAAAAAAAAAAAAACAAUCCAAAA